AUGGUUCUUCACUUGAACUCCUAUUUUGGCUUUCCUGUCAUACUCCUGUACCACUGGAUGGGGACAACUUUAUCUUUGAAUCUGGAAGAUCCCAAUGUUUGUAGCCACUGGGAAAGUUAUUCAGUUACAGUGCAAGAGUCAUAUCCUCAUCCUUUUGAUCAAAUUUACUACACCAGUUGUACUGACAUCCUGAACUGGUUUAAAUGCACACGACACAGGAUCAGUUACCGAACUGCCUACAGACAUGGUGAAAAAACAAUGUACAGGCGUAAAUCCCAGUGCUGCCCUGGAUUUUAUGAAAGCAGGGAAAUGUGUGUCCCUCAUUGUGCUGAUAAAUGUGUUCAUGGUCGUUGUAUUGCUCCAAACACCUGUCAGUGUGAGCCUGGCUGGGGAGGACCCAACUGCUCCAGUGCCUGUGACAGCGACCACUGGGGGCCUCACUGCAGCAGCCGUUGCCAGUGCAAGAACGGCGCCUUGUGCAACCCCAUCACUGGCGCCUGCCACUGCGCCUCGGGGUUCAAGGGCUGGCGCUGCGAGGAGCGCUGCGACCACGGGACGUACGGCAACGACUGCCACCAGAAGUGCCAGUGCCAGAACGGGGCCACCUGCGACCACGUGACUGGAGAGUGCAGAUGUCCUCCUGGAUACACGGGUGCCUUCUGUGAGGACCUCUGUCCCCCCGGGAAGCAUGGGCCGCAGUGCGAGGAGAGGUGCCCGUGCCAGAAUGGAGGGGUCUGUCACCAUGUCACCGGGGAGUGUGCCUGCCCACCUGGAUGGAUGGGCAUGGUCUGUGGUCAGCCUUGUCCUGAGGGUCGUUAUGGGACAAACUGUUCCCAGGAGUGCCAGUGCCACAAUGGAGGGACCUGCGACUCAGCGACAGGUCAAUGCCUUUGCAGCCCAGGUUACACAGGGGAACGAUGCCAAGAUGAAUGUCCAGUGGGGACUUACGGAGUGCGAUGUGCUGAGACCUGCAAGUGUGUGAAUGGUGGGAAAUGUUACCAUAUUAGUGGUGCCUGUCUCUGUGAACCAGGAUUCACUGGAGAGCACUGCGAGACAAGGCUUUGUCCUGAGGGAAUUUAUGGUCUCAAGUGUGAUAAAAAGUGUCCCUGCCACAUGCCCAAUACCUGGAGCUGUCACCCUAUGUCUGGGGAAUGCUCCUGCAAGCCUGGCUGGUCUGGACUCUACUGCAAUGAGACGUGUUCCCCGGGAUUCUAUGGCGAGUCGUGUCAGCAGAUCUGCAGCUGCCAAAAUGGUGCUGACUGUGACAGUGUGACUGGAAGAUGCACCUGUGCCCCUGGAUUUAAGGGGGCUGCUUGUGGUACUCCUUGUCUUCCUGGGACAUACGGCGUAAACUGUUCAUCUGUGUGCAACUGCAAAAAUGAAGCUAUCUGUUCACCAGUAGAUGGUUCUUGUGCCUGCAAAGCAGGUUGGCAUGGUGUAGAUUGCUCAAUAAAUUGUCCCAGUGGUACCUGGGGACUUGGCUGUAACUUAACUUGCCAGUGUCUUAACGGAGGAGCUUGCAAUGCUCUGGAUGGAACCUGUACCUGUGCCCCGGGCUGGAGAGGAGAAAAAUGCGAACUCCCUUGCCAGGACGGCACAUACGGUCUGGACUGUGCUGAACGCUGUGACUGCAGCCACGCGGACGGUUGUCAUCCCACCACGGGUUACUGUCGCUGUCUCCCAGGAUGGUCAGGCAUUCACUGUGACAGUGUGUGUGCUGAGGGACAGUGGGGUCCAAAUUGUUCGUUGCCUUGUUACUGCAAAAAUGGAGCAUCCUGUUCUCCAGAUGAUGGAAUCUGUGAGUGUGCACCAGGAUACAGAGGCACCACUUGUCAACGAAUUUGUUCCCCUGGGUUUUAUGGACACCGCUGCAGCCAGACAUGUCCCCAAUGUGUACACAGCAGUGGUCCUUGCCACCAUAUUACUGGCUUAUGUGACUGCUUACCUGGAUUUACAGGAGCCCUCUGUAACGAAGUAUGUCCCAGUGGCAGAUUUGGCAAGAACUGUGUUGGAAUAUGCACCUGCACCAAUAAUGGAACAUGUAAUCCUAUUGAUAGAUCUUGUCAGUGUUACCCUGGCUGGAUUGGGAGUGACUGCUCUCAGCCUUGCCCACCUUCCCACUGGGGACCAAACUGCAUCCACACGUGCAACUGCCAUAAUGGAGCUUACUGCAGUGCCUAUGAUGGGGAGUGCAAAUGUACCCCAGGAUGGACUGGCCUUUACUGUACACAAAGAUGUCCCCUAGGGUUCUAUGGAAAGGACUGCACGUUGAUAUGCCAGUGUCAGAAUGGAGCCGACUGCGACCACAUCAGCGGGCAGUGCACCUGCCGCACCGGGUUCAUGGGGAAGCACUGCGAGCAGAAAUGCCCUCCAGGUACCUAUGGGUAUGGAUGCCGGCAGAUAUGUGACUGUCUGAACAACUCAACCUGUGACCACAUCACAGGAACAUGUUACUGCAGCCCAGGCUGGAAAGGGGCCAGGUGUGAUCAAGCUGGUGUAAUUAUAGUAGGAAACUUGAACAGCUUAAGCCGAACCAGUACUGCCAUCCCUGCUGAUUCUUACCAGAUAGGGGCUAUAGCAGGCAUCAUCAUUCUUGUCCUGGUUGUGCUUUUCCUGCUAGUGCUAUUCAUCAUUUACCGACACAAGCAGAAAGGAAAAGAAACAAAUAUGCCCGCAGUGACAUACACCCCUGCUAUGAGGGUCAUCAAUGCAGAUUACACCAUUUCAGAAACCAUCCCGCACAGUAAUGGUGGAAAUGCUAACAGUCACUAUUUCUCUAAUCCUAGUUAUCAUACUCUAACUCAAUGCACUACCCCACCUCAUGUCAACAACAUGGACAGGCUGACUCUGGCAAAGGCCCUGGAAAACAAACAUCUAUUUGUGAACCUUAAAAAUGUGGAACCUGGAAAAAGAGGCACUGUCAUGGACUACACAGGAACGCUGCCUGCAGACUGGAAACAUGGUGGCUACCUCAAUGAGCUUGGUGCUUUUGGACUUGAUAGGGGAUAUUUGGGGAAAUCCUUGAAAGAUCUAGUGAAGAACUCGGAAUACAAUUUAAGUAAUUGCUCGUUAAGUAGUUCUGAGAACCCAUAUGCUACUAUAAAAGACCCACCAGCUCUUCUACCAAAAAGUUCAGAAUGCGGAUAUGUUGAAAUGAAGUCACCAGCACGCAGGGACUCCCCAUAUGCCGAGAUUGCCAGCUCUGCUUCAGCUACUAAGAAUGUUUAUGAAGUUGAACCUACGGUGAGUGUUGUCCAGGGAUCACUCAGCAGCAGCGGACGUUUCAGCCAGGAUCCUUAUGACCUUCCAAAAAACAGCCAUAUUCCAUGUCAUUAUGACUUGCUACCAGUUCGAGAUAGCUCCACAUCCUCUACAAAGGAGGUCAGCAGUGAAUGA